UCUUCUUUUAUCCCAAGGCGAAUUUUACAAUUUGAUUAUGCGUCGGCCUAUCUUCGGAUAACUUAGUCAUGGAUUGAAGAGUUACAUAUAAAUAAUAAAAUAUCAUUUUGAGUGAGUGACACGUUGUUCCAGUUUGAAUCAGAAGGAAUUUAAUGUUCAGGAAUCAAAGGACCAUGUACAAUAGUAUUUAUUAAAAACGAAUUAUUUACAUUUUUCUCACCUUCCUUCCAUUGAAUAAUUAGUACACGAAUUUUAAGUUUAUAAAACGAUGUUGGAAUUUCACACAACAGAUUGAACGAUAAUAAGCAACACAGCUGGUAUAUUAUUUUCCUUAUUGCAAAUAGGAGGAGAUGCCAUUUGAUUCUUUUAUUCUUUCUAGACUCAGAUAAUAUUCACUGCCGUAAAUAUGAUAAAAAAUAAAGGUACCUCAAGGCGGAGUAAAAAUUCCAUUCCAGUUUCCACAUAUGGAGAAAAAGUUAAUCCAAGUAAAAAAUCUGACUUUUCUACAUUCGAAAAUCACUCAAUACCUAACCCAAAGUAUAUGGACAAUAAUAAUUUAGAUUCUGACAGUUUAACAUUAUGGCAUCAUCCUAUUACGACCAUCAAUUACUUUUUAAGAGAGUUAUUAAUUGACUGUGGAAGUUUAUGCAAGAAAACUUUAAGACAUUAUAAAAUAGUUUUAAGUUUUGCACUAAUUAUGUUAACGUGUCUGUUACUCAGUAGGAUUUCUGGACCUCAACAACAGACAUUUAGGGAUUUAGAAAAUAAUAUAAAAAGAUGGCUGUAUUGGAUUGGACUUGGAGUCCUAUCAAGUGUGGGUUUAGGGACCGGUUUACAUACAUUUGUAUUAUAUCUUGGACCACACAUUGCUGCUGUGACAAUGGCUGCUUAUGAAUGUGGAGGACUUAAUUUUCCAGAACCACCUUAUCCAGAUAAAAUAAUCUGUCCAUCUGUAAUAGAUACAAUGACUUCUGUGGGAAUUUUAAGUAUUAUGAAAAAAGUUCGCGUUGAAGCAAUGCUGUGGGGUGCUGGUACUGCUUUAGGAGAAUUACCCCCUUAUUUUAUGGCAAAAGCCGCUCGAAAGAGUCGUUUCACUAGUAAAAAUCAAGACUGUGAUCAAGAUGAUCUGAAAGAAUUAGAAAUGUUAGAGACCAUUGAAAAUGGAGGAAAUGUCUCUUUUGUAUUACGUUUUAAAUUAGCUAUGAAAAAUUUUGUCCACAAAGCUGGAUUCUGGGGCAUAUUAGCGUGUGCAUCGAUUCCAAAUCCUUUAUUUGAUCUUGCUGGACUUACUUGUGGUCAUUAUCUUAUUCCAUUUUGGACAUUUUUUGGAGCAACGCUUAUUGGUAAAGCAGUUAUAAAAAUGCAUAUACAACAAUUAGCUGUAAUUAUAGCGUUCAAUGAAGAACUUGUUGACAAAGUAAUCAAUUUCCUCGCUACUGUGCCUUUUGUUGGGGAGAAUUUUCAAGAACCAUUUAGAAAAUACCUAACGGAACAGAAACGAAAUUUACACAGUAAAACCUCAUCGGAAGGAUCAACACUUAUAUCAUGGUUGUUUGAUAAGUUCGUUAUUUUGAUGAUAAUCUACUUUUGCAUAACUAUUGUUCAUGCAUUAGCGCGUAAUCACAGUCGAAGACGAUUGAAAGCGACGAGAGAUUGAAAGGGUAUAAUAUUGUAAAAAUAAGAAAAUCAAUUUCCAACAAAACAGAAAUAAAAUUUUUAACUUAUUUCCGAAUACUUCAA